AUUUACACCAUGUCAAAUAAAGAAAAACAAAAUUUGAAUGAAUUGAUCAAGAAAUAUGACAACUUUAUAAACAUAACAUUGAGGCCUUCUCUAAAAAAAGAACUUGAUGAAAGAGACCACAUAUUCAAUACAAUAUCAGAAUAUCAAAAACUGUAUUCACAAAUAGAAUUAAUACAAGAGAAUAAACUAAAAGAGCUGAAAACAAUGGUAGAUCUUGGAUCGCAAUUUUAUGCACAAGCUCAUAUACCGGAUACAACUUAUAUCUAUGUUCAUGCUGGAUUCGGGUUUCAUGUUCAGUUUACUUUGGAUGAAGCAAAGACGUUUAUCAAGAAGAAGGAACAUCAAUUACAAAAAUUAGCUGAUAAACAUACACAAGAGGCAGAUAAAAUUAAAGCGCAUAUCAAAAUGGCACUGGAGGCUAUUUCAGAGAUAUUGGUGACUAGCAGCUAACCAUUGAAUGAUUCUAAAGUUUAAUGAUUUUGGAUCACUCACACAUCUUGUAACUUUUUUUAUUUACAUAAAGAUAUUUAUAUAUUUGGGC